AUGGAAAGAUUUUUUAAAAGGAAAGCAUCAACAACUGAAUCGAGCUCUGCUCCUUCGAUGCCCUACGAAAUUGAUUUGAACGAUCUUCCAUGGGACCCAGCCGAUAGGAAAAAGAUUUCGGAAUAUCAUCCUAAUCGAAGGGAUGAAAUAAGAAGAAAAUACUUGCUUAGAGGACCUUGUCAACCAUGGGGUCAUGCAUUUCCAAAAAAAAAGAUCGGGAUUAAAAGAAGAUCUUUUUGUCCAGCUUGGUUUGAUCAAUACGCUAAUUGGUUGGAGUAUAGUGUAAAAACGGAUAGAGCUAUUUGUUUGUGUCGUUAUUUGUUUAGCGAUUAUUACGUAGGACAAUGUGGAAGUGAUGCUUUUGUAACAGAUGGCUUUAAUAGUUGGAAUAAAAAGGAAAGACUUGGUCUUCAUGUUGGCGACAUUAAUAGUUUUCACAAUAGAGCACUUAAGAUAAUUGAGGAUCGAAUAAGCCAAGAUCGAUCUAUUGCCGUUGCUUUUCAUAAGCAAACUGAGAAGGAGAAGAAUGAGCACCAAAUGCGAUUAAAUGCUUCAAUUAAGGCUUGUAGAUUCUUGUUGAAGAAUGCAUUGCCCUUUCGUGGUCACGAUGAAUCUGAAAUGUUUAUUUCUAAAGUCAUGUUCUUAGAAACAUUAGCCUUAAUUGGUGAUCGCAAUGAGGAUGUAGGUAAAGUUAUAUUAAAACGUUUUCCAACGAAUGAUCAAAUGUUGUCUCCAAGUAUUCAAAAAGAUAUUGCUGCUUGUUUUGCAAAUCAAAUACUCAAAUCCAUGCGUAAAGAAAUUGGUGAUGAUGUGUUCUCAUUGCUAGUUGAUGAGUCUAGUGACGUUUCUAAGAAGGAACAAAUGAUGGUGGUUUUACGAUAUGUUGAUGCACGUGGUAUUAUUAAGGACAAAUUUUUUGGUAUUGUUCAUGUGACGGGGACAUCUUCUUCAAUUCUUAAAUCUUCCAUUGAUACUUUAUUUGUUGAACAUGAAUUGAGUUUGAAACAGGUAAGAGGGCAAGGUUAUGACGGAGCAAGAAAUAUGCACGAUGAGUUCAACGGAUUAAAGGCCUUGAUCUUGAAUGAAAAUAUCUCGGCAUAUUAUAUCCAUUGUUUUGAUCACCAACUUCAAUUAGUUGUUGUGGCGGUUGCAAAUAAACAUGACAGAGUUGAGAACUUUUCUAAUAUGUUAGGAAUGGUGAUCAAUGUGGUGAUUGCUUCUUGCAAGCGUAAAGACAUGCUUCGACAAAGUUACAAAGAUAGAGUGCAAGCAAUUGGUAAGUGUGAAAUUGAUACUAGAACAGGGAAAUACCAAGAGCUUUCUCUUAUACGAGCCGGAGAUACACGAUGGGGUUCUUAUUACAAAACCAUUUUGAGCUUGAUUGCUUUGUUUCCGAAUGUUGUUGAAGUGCUCCAGUAUGUUGAAGAGGACGGGGAUAAUGGUUUUACUCGCACUCAAGCAACUGUAUUAUCCGGCAAAUUCCGCAAUUGUGACAAUCUCGAUGAAGCAAAUGGUAUUAAAGCUUUGGAUAGGGAAGACCGUUAUUCAAAAAAUGGAAGACAAAUGACCAACAUCACCAAUUGUUAUUAUUACAAGUUUGAUACUUUCAACACUGUUGUGGACAUGCAAAUUCAAGAGUUUGGGGAUCGAUUUAGUGAGUUCAAUGUAUCAGAUUUAUUGAAGUUGAGUGAGUUGUAUCCUCAAGAUUUUAGUCAUAUGAAAAGGAUCGCUCUUGAAAAAAAACUUAACAUGUACUAUUUCAUUGUGCGUCAAGAUGAAAGAUUUGCUAAUUUGAAUGGUAUUGCCGAGCUCGCUAGAUUACUAGUGGAAACAAAAAAGCAUUAA